AUGUCAUCUGUAACUCGACUCCAACUGUUAAGUCAGAGCAUGUUGAAUGUCAGUUGCCAGAGGCAGAAGCGCUGCAGCUCACUUCCCGCUGACUCUCCUACAGAGAGCCCCAUGGAGUUCGUGGGACAACUGAGACCUUCCGGGGCCUGGAGCCUCUUAGGAGUGCCGGGCCUCAGCUCCUCAGACCCGGACGACGAUGACUGCGAGGUGGUGAUCGGCAUCAGGCCCAAAUCUUCUCCUCUCCCACGGAGAAGGAGCUCUGACAGCGAUGACGACUCGGAGCCCGAGCCGCCCCUGUCUGGCUCCAGGAGAGUGUCCUUUGCAGACGCCAAGGGCCUCAGUUUAGUGCAAGUGAAGAAGUUUGACACUUGGGAUAUACCCAAGCUGCCGGGAUGUGAAUUUUCUGAGGGCGAAGGUAAAGAUGAAGAGGAAUACUUCCUGUCUCCUCUCACUUUCUCCCUUCCAGUGCCUACUGAGGAGCUGUUGGUCAGAGUCCGGGAGCAGAAAGUGGAGUUGGAGGCCGUGGAGUUACUUCCAGGGACCACAGUGCUGAGAGGAGUGAUCCGUGUCCUCAACGUCUCCUUCAAUAAAGCGGUAUACAUCCGAACCACUUUGGACGCCUGGUCCAGCCACUUUGACCUCCUGGCAGAGUACAUGCCCGGUUCCAGUGACAGUCUCAUGGACCUUUUCUCGUUUAAGCUCACCCUAGUGCCCCCGUUCGGGGAGCAGGGGGCCAGAGUUGACUUUUGUCUGCGUUACGAGACACCGGUGGGGACAUUCUGGGCCAACAAUAACAACAGAAACUACGUUCUCUCCUGUCACCAGAGAAUAAAAGAGAGGAGAGAGAAACCACAGAAGGAAAAUGUGUUUAAAAAAAGCUGCCUUAAGACUGUCUGUCAGAACUUCUCCGCUGUUGAAGACUUUUCUGCAACGGAAGCUACAUCUCAAGAAAACAUUUCAACAGAUGUGGUAAAACAUGAAGAGGAAGCAGACAUAAUGAAAGCCAAGCAAAUCUCCGGUGGCCAGUCAGAAGCAUCAGAGGAAGAACGACAGAAAUUACUGAUCAAGAGCAAAGCGAACUGCAGCCGGAGAAGUCGUAGGAAGGCUGCACGGGUGGCUCGGGUGAGGGACUACUUUUCUCAGAGAAACGGAGGAGUGGACGACUCUGAAAGAGAUGAAUCACCUCCAGAUGCAAAACAGGAAGCUCAAGAAGAAGCCUCAGUGAGAAAGCACUGUGAUGUGCGAUCAUCUCCUGAGGGGAAAUCUCUGGAAACAUGCAGUGAACCUGUGUUUGAUGUUCAACCGGCACGCAACUUCACAUCCGAGAAAUCUGAAAGCAACGACGUGGCUGACUCGAUCACAUUAACAGGAAGUGAGAGUGUCACAGGUAUUCUAGACAACCCCUCGAAUGAUGAUCCUGCACAAUGCCAAAAUAUCAACAAGUCUGUCUCAGAAGCUGAGCAAUGCAACAGAGCAGAUGAACCAGCUGACAGCGUUAUUUCUGCAGUGAGCAGUGAAAGCCUUGUUAGCCAGAGCAGCAGCUUCACUUUUGGAACUGUGGUGGCUCCGCUGUAUCACCAGGUGUCUGGCAGAGUGGGGACUGAAAGUCAGAGCGCAGGAGGUUUGGGAAAUCCAGAGCGAGCUCAAAGUUACCCUCAUACUGAAAGAAGAGAGACUACUUGCGCUGAUCCAACAGAGGCUCAAGAUGAAGAUGACAGCGUUCAGGAAAAUUUGAAUAAAACUCAAAAAUCAAACCAAGAAUGCUUAGAUGCCACAGUGAAUAAUCCUCCCGUGGAAAAAGACGAAGAAGAAACAAGUUUGACACCAAAUGACAUCCUGGAUCAUACAGAAAUUCUGCAGGAUCAAGAUGAUAUUAUAUCUGCAGAACAGAGAUGCACAAACACAUCAGAGGUUCCAAAAUCAAUUUCAGGAGACACAACAGGCAUUCAACAGGCUGUAAACAUUUUGAAUACAGAUUUGUUGAACCCACAAUUACCCACUGAGGGAGAAGAACAGGAAGGCAAUCUAACCCAUGACAUCCCACUGAAAGAGGAUGCAUGUAUACAACUUAAUCUAGAUGAAACACCUGCAGAAAGUAAAGCACAAGAGCUAACAACAAGUCUAGAGACCUUAUUUAAGCCACUUCAGCUUUCUCAGAGUGCAUCAGGGUGCAUUAGUGAGGAGACAAACCCCAUCAGUAUUAGUGGAGCAAAUGAUAAAGAUGUUGGCAAAACAGUAACUCUGUCAACCACCAAUGCCAUUUCAGAGGAGGGUGAACUAUUCGAAGCUACUAACUACAUCAAUAAUUCAGCCAUGAAAGAAACUGAGAAUAGCUACAUUUCUUGUUUUGAAAUUGAGGAGGAAAAGGAUGUCACAACGCCUCAGAUAUCUCCUGAAACUAAUACUGUGGAAGAAGGAAAUAAAGGGGUAAACAACUCCCAUAAACACUCAGCUGAAAUUAAGGAAAUCAGUGAUGUACCUGAGUCAACGACACAAGAAACAAUAAGCAAUCACAUGCAUGAGGACGAGUUUGUGGAGCUCAGAAAUGAAGACACACAAAAAAUAGAGCAUCAUGAAAUGGAAGCUGCUGACGCAAAACAGGAGGAUUUUUAUUCUGCAGGCAUCGCUGAGCUAAACUGGGAAAUGAUGGUUGAGGAAGAGGAGAAAAACAUAUUGACAGAUGAAGAAAAAUGUGAGGCAUUAAUGGUGGAGAAAGACCACGGGAAGUUUGAGGACGCAGAGAGCGAAACAGCAGCAGAAAAUAGGGAAACAACAGAGACAGAAGGAGAGAAACAAGAGGUGGAAAUGCUGGAGGACAUCACAGCUGCAAGAGAGAAAGAAAACAAGGCUGAAGAUGCAGAUGUUUUAGAGUGCAAGCUGAGGACUGGAGAGGAGGAAUUUGGGGCUGGAAAAGACAGGGAAGACCUUGAGGAAGAAUUAACAAAUGUUCAAGCCACAAAGACAGAUGGAGAGGAAGAAGAGAAAAGAGAGGAACAAGAGGACAGUGAGGAAGAGAAACUCUUUUCAGAGAUACAAGAGGGCAGUAUUUGGGAGACAAAUGUCCAACAUGAAGAGGAGAUAGAGUGGGAGGAAGAAAUGGAAAUCGACUGGUUAGAUGACAAUGAAGCAGAUGUGUGGGAGUUGGAGAAUCAGGUAGAAGCGAGGGAGGGAAACGGAGAAGAGGAGAAUCCAGAUUACAAGGAAACAGUAGAGUCAGAGAGCACGCCAAUAGAAGACAGGGAAAAUGAACCGAGGUUAGAUAUUACACAAAACGAGGAUGAUUCAUGUGCUCCGGUGAACAAUGUGCAGGAGAAGAGAGUAACUGACAUAGAAAAUGUUCACACCCCAGCUGAAAUGUAUCUUCACAACGAGGAUGUCACACAUGACCUCUCAGCAGCUGUAGAUGAGAGCGAAUCCGUCACAGAAGACGGAGGUUUGUGCCUUUUUACCGAUGAACCUGAGAGCAACCAAGCAAGCCACGACAGCGCCUCGGCAGAGUCGGACUCAGACGACGAGGUGGAGCUGUACAUGCACUGUCUGAGGGCCGUUCACGUGGGUGAGCAGGCCCAGAAAGACAGGAGCAAAGAUGCAGGUUUCAGUGUGGGCAAAAGGCCCUCUGUGAGCAGAAGCAAGCUGCUGUCCACACCCAUGCCGUCCAUCAGCGAGUCUCUGGAUGAGGAACACCUCAGCCGCCUUCAGGAUAAACACGAGGACGACGACACAGCAGACUUCCAACCCACAGCUGCAGCUCUGCCAGGAAAGGAAAGCACCAACACAAGUGUUUCAUGGUGGAGAGAGACUUUUUCCUGCAGCAAUAUCUUAAAAACACUGUUAUACGGCACCUUGUUAGUGGUGUUUUUAGUUGUCGCCUACUGUUGUGAUUUUCUCGCCUAUUUUGGGCUUUACUUGAUAACAGUAGUUUGGCUCUACUGUCAAGGACAGAGGCAGCCAGAACAACAAAAACAACAAAAGAAUAGGUUGAAUAAGCUGUAAAAAGCUGUUUGGUGCUGAUGUGACACCCACAAAACUAAUAACUCUCCCUUCUUUCUACAUACACUACUGGUCAAAAGUUUUAGAACACACCAACUUUUCCAGAAUUUAAUUGAAAAUUAUGCAGUUCAAUGUCUCAGUGUACUCUGAAAUGAAUGCACAUUUGCAACAUUUAAAAUUCUUUAUUGAGCAUGAUAGUGUUUUGAAAAUAAAAAAAGAUUCAAAAUCACAUUUUACGUUGAACUAAAGGACUAAAAAAAGACACAAAAUGACCAAAAAAAAGACACAAAAUGACAAAAAAAAGACACCAAAAGACACAAAAUGACUUACAAAGACAUGAAAAGAAUUCAAAAAUGGACAAAAUAGCCCAAGACUCCAUAGAGUUAAGUUGUUAACCCAUUUCUUGUUCCCUGAAAAAAAGGCCUACUUGUAUAAUUCUGAAAUGUACAUUAUCUUUCAGUUUUGGUUCAGCUUACCUUUUUUUAUUUACCUCUGGCAGUUCACCACUUACCUUUGUACCCUUUCAAGCUGUUCAUUUGACUUGAACGGCUUGAAUUUCAAUAAAAAAUGGAAAAAUUGGGGUGUUCUAAAACUUUUGACCGGUAGUGUAUUUUCAUACCAACAUUUCUUUUUUGACCUAAAUGGAAUAAGUAUAGGACAAGGAGAACAAGAAGAAGAAAAAGGAAAAACAGUGCAUAAAAAGGGCAUUUAAAGUAUAUAUGACACAUAUCAGGAUAAACUCUGUAUAUUCCCUAUGGGAGUUAACUCUAUGAACCAAUUUUCUUUAUGUUUUACUGUAAAUAAAACUUAAAGGCUGCGGACCAUUGCUCACACUGAUCAGUUCUGCAGAGUGUUAAUGGGUUGACUGUUGAUUGUUGAGGUGUAAAUGAAACUCAUCAGUGUGUUGGAUGCUACCUAGAAAUCAUUUUGUUUGUGUAGGGAACAUUUAGAUUUAAUUUAAGUCUGGAAUUAAUAAAUUUUACUGUCCA